AAAUAGCCCCUCUCUCUGUUGCCCUUCUUCUCUCCUCCACUUAUUUGUACUAUACUCAACACAUAUGUUACAUGCCUCCAACCACCUUAUUCCUCUCAUGAAAAGAGAGAUAGAGAGAUGCAUCUUACAUGCACAUAGAAACAAGUCUCAUGAGCUAGCUAGCUUAGGAGCACUUGGCUUUAUUUUCACAAUGGGGAUCAAGAAGAAGGCCAUGGCAAUGGCAAUGGCAAUUCAUGUAUAAAUACUCGUGUUGUGUUGGUGUGUUGCCGUGUUGGUUGGAGAGGUGAGUGAGUGUGUGUGUGUGUGUGUGUGUGUGAGCAAGUGAUCAGUGAGAGUGAGUGCUCGAGCUCAAGCUAGCCAAGCUCAUGGAUCAGGUGGUAGCAUCUGGGAGAGAGGAAGCGGGUGGCGAAGCGGCGGCGGCAAUGGCGCCGGGGACGAAGGCGGUGGCGGCGGCGGCGGGGAGGAGGGGGUGCAUCAGGUCGACGCGGGGGCCGUGGACGGUGCGGCGGAGGGGGCGUGGCGGCGGGGUGACGACGUCGCUGCGGCACCCGACGGCGCGGGAGCGGGAGAACAACCGGCAGCGGGAGCGGCGGCGGCGGCAGGUGGCGACGAGGAUCUACGCCGGCCUGCGCGCCGGCGCCGGGUACGCGCUGCCCAAGCACGCCGACCAGAACGACGUCCUCCGGGCGCUCUGCGCCGAGGCCGGCUACCUCGUCGACGACGACGGCAACGUCUCGCGCCGCCACGACGAGCGUUUAGCCGGCGCCGGCGCCGGCGGAGGCGGCAGCUCCGAUCAGCUGCAGGUGUCCUCCUACAGUGGAGCAACAGAGGCAGCAGUGGCUAUCCAGCAUCAGGAGCAGGAGCAAGAGAUAUCACUCGAGCUGACACUCUCAUUCACCUACAUGUAGGUAGAAUGCUUAAUUUGUUUAAA